AGACGGAUUCGCCAGCUUGAACAUUCUCCUUGACAGUAGUAGACAGUGUGUCAACACUUUGUAGUGAAGGACCGCAAUGGAUCUUCAGGAAUACUUCAGAAGGAUUGGGUUCGGCGGGACGUACGAGAAACCCGAUCUGGCCACGCUCCGCACCGUCCACGAGCUGCACGUGAUGAGCGUUCCCUUCGAGAACCUCAGCAUCCACUGUGGAGAGAGGAACACCAUGGACCUGCAGAUCAUUUAUGAGAAGAUUGUGAGAAACCGUCGUGGAGGAUGGUGCUGUGAAAACAACCUGCUCUUCUCCUGGGUGCUGAGAGAGAUGGGCUACAAAUACACCACGCUGGGCUCUAGAGUCUUCAAAACGUUCAAAAAUGACUUCGGCCCCAUGGAUUCACACCUCAUUAACAUGGUGGAGAUCGAAGGCAAGCCGUAUAUCGCAGACGUGAGUUUUGGACUGUUGUACCAAAUCUGGCACCCGUUAGAAAUGAUCGCAGGGAAAGAUCAAGAGCAGCCGGCGGGGAUUUUCCGCCUGUUGAACGACGGUGAGAAGUGGAUGCUGGAGAAGACUGGAAGGAAGCCGCUGGUCCAGAAUGAAGCCUUCGCCAAUUCCAGCCUCAUUACCAAGCGCCUGACGACGAUGCUGUACUCUUUUGUGUUAACACCGCGUGAGAUUGACCAUUUUCUGAACACAAGCGAGUACCUGCAGACCAGCCCCGAGUCUCUGUUCACCCAGAAAUCCAUUUGUUCCCUCCAGACCCCCACUGGAUUCAGAGCUCUGAUUGGUUGGACCUUCAGUGAAGUCACAUUUAACCCUGAGGAAGACACGGACAUGUAUGAGAUGAGAGAUCUAUCUGACAGCGAGAUAGAGACUAUACUCAAGGAAAAGUUUAAUAUCGUUUUAGUUAAUAAACUGACACCAAUAAACAACAAAACUGCAAAUAAUCUGUAGAACAUGGUGUGUACACAAUGUGCAGAUUUUUGUAUAAGGCCCUAGAUCAUAUUCUCAGUCUUUUUGGGCAAACAAACCCAAUUUUAAUAUAGCUUUACACAGAUUAUAAUCUGAAAAGUGGGCCGUCGUUCGCACCACAACUCUGCCACACAUGAUUCCGCUUGUAAAUCCAUAUUCAGUCAUCGUUUCAGCAUAUUUAUGUUAGUUUUCAUGACUUCUGUUGCUCCAGUGAGUCAAAGUAACUAGGGACAACUUUAAUUUUCCCUCUGACGGAAUCUAUAAAGGUUCCAGAUAAAACCUUACAACAAAGAGUUUUCCUAUUAAAUGUGUUUUGGGUAUUUUGUAGAAGCUAAGAACCCUUAAUUAUCCAAUUAAACCUUGAA